CCCAGCCGGCCGCGGAUUGGCGCAUCCCGGCUGCGGCCGCCUUAGUCAUCCGAGUGGUUCUGGAACUGGGCACCAACUUGCGUGUUUGUCCCCGGCUCUUUGUGUGCGGAUCAGCUGUGGCGUGGGCUCUGGCAUCUAAUCCAGGAUUUGCCUCUGCGCGAGGCUUAUGGAAAACAGAUGUCUCGCCGCUCUGGGACUGAGCACAGAAUGGAAGUGACCCCGAGGGGAGCUGCCUGGCACCGACGACACGGAGGGAAGGCCCCGGCGCGGCCGGGGAGGCCAGCUCUGCUCCUCGCCUCUGUUCUCUGUGCUGAGCCCGCGGCGUAGACGGCGUCCCGCCACCGAGCGGUGUGACCUUGAGACGGCGUGGGGCGGGCGCGCCGGCGCCAGGGACUGCGGCCGCCUGAGGUCCGGGUGCGAGCAGCAGCCGCGAGGGUCGCGGAGCAGAGAUGACUCACACACAGCUGCAUCCGCAGCCCCCAGCAAGGAGACAACUCACCAAAGCGGGAAACCUGGAUUGUACCACACAACUUACAGCAGCGUGCAGGGUCGACAACAGCCGGCCUCCCAUGUCAGUGGUCUAGGAUGGCCAGUGAGGGCGCCAGCAUCCCAAGUCCCGUGGUGCGCCAGAUCGACAAGCAGUUUUUGAUCUGCAGUAUAUGCCUGGAACGGUACAAGAACCCCAAGGUCCUGCCGUGUCUGCACACUUUCUGCGAGAGGUGCCUGCAGAACUACAUUCCAGCCCACAGCUUAACCCUCUCCUGCCCAGUGUGUCGCCAGACCUCCAUCCUGCCUGAGAAGGGGGUGGCUGCGCUCCAGAACAAUUUCUUUAUCACAAACCUCAUGGAUGUGCUGCAGCGAACACCAGGCAGCAAUGGUGAGGACUCUUCCAUCCUGGAGACGGUCACCGCUGUGGCUGCAGGAAAGCCUCUCUCGUGCCCAAACCACGACGGGAAUGUGAUGGAGUUUUACUGCCAGUCCUGUGAGACCGCCAUGUGUCGGGAGUGCACCGAGGGGGAGCAUGCGGAGCACCCCACGGUGCCGCUGAAGGACGUGGUGGAGCAGCACAAGGCCUCACUUCAGGUCCAGCUGGAUGCGGUCAACAAAAGACUCCCAGAAAUAGAUUCCGCUCUUCAGUUCAUCUCAGAAAUCAUCCAUCAGUUAACGAACCAAAAGGCCAGCAUUGUAGAUGACAUCCACUCCACCUUUGAUGAGCUGCAGAAGACUUUAAACGUUCGCAAGAGCGUCCUGCUGAUGGAGCUCGAGGUCAACUACGGCCUCAAACACAAAGUGCUGCAGUCGCAGCUGGACACACUUCUCCAAGGCCAGGAAAGCAUCAAGAGCUGCAGCAACUUCACGGCGCAGGCUCUCAACCAUGGCACGGAAACCGAGGUGCUACUGGUGAAGAAGCAGAUGAGCGAGAAGCUAAAUGAACUGGCGGACCAAGACUUCCCUCUGCACCCGCGCGAGAAUGACCAGCUGGAUUUCAUCGUGGAAACCGAGGGACUGAAGAAGUCCAUCCACAACCUGGGGACCAUCCUCACCACGAACGCUGUCGCCUCAGAGACGGUGGCCACGGGCGAGGGGCUUCGGCAGACCAUCAUCGGGCAGCCCAUGUCCGUUACCAUAACCACCAAGGACAAGGACGGAGAGCUGUGCAAGACAGGCAACGCAUACCUCACCGCCGAGCUCAGCACCCCCGACGGCAGCGUGGCUGACGGCGAGAUCCUGGACAACAAGAACGGCACCUACGAGUUCCUGUACACUGUGCAGAAGGAGGGGGACUUCACCCUGUCCCUCAGGCUCUACGACCAGCACAUCCGUGGCAGCCCGUUUAAACUCAAGGUUAUCCGCUCAGCCGACGUGUCCCCCACCACCGAGGGCGUGAAGCGACGCGUCAAGUCGCCCGGGAGCGGUCACGUCAAGCAGAAGGCCGUGAAGAGACCCGCCAGCAUGUACAGCACCGGCAAGAGAAAAGAGAACCCCAUUGAGGACGACCUGAUCUUCCGAGUGGGUACCAAAGGAAGAAAUAAAGGAGAAUUCACAAACCUUCAGGGUGUAGCUGCAUCAACGAGUGGAAAGAUAUUAAUUGCGGACAGUAAUAACCAGUGUGUGCAGAUAUUUUCCAAUGAUGGACAAUUCAAAAGCCGCUUUGGCAUCCGAGGACGAUCACCUGGACAGCUACAGCGGCCCACAGGGGUAGCAGUGCACCCCAGUGGGGACAUCAUCAUCGCAGAUUAUGAUAACAAGUGGGUUAGCAUUUUCUCCAACGACGGAAAGUUUAAGACAAAAAUCGGAUCGGGAAAACUGAUGGGACCCAAAGGAGUUUCUGUGGACCGCAACGGGCACAUUAUUGUGGUAGACAACAAAGCUUGCUGUGUGUUCAUCUUCCAGCCGAACGGGAAGAUAGUCACCAGGUUUGGUAGCCGAGGAAAUGGCGACAGGCAGUUUGCAGGUCCCCAUUUCGCAGCUGUGAAUAGCAAUAAUGAGAUCAUCGUUACAGAUUUCCAUAAUCAUUCUGUCAAGGUAUUUAACCAGGAAGGAGAAUUCAUGCUGAAGUUUGGCUCGAACGGAGAAGGCAAUGGUCAGUUUAACGCGCCGACAGGUGUAGCUGUGGAUUCCAACGGAAACAUCAUUGUGGCGGACUGGGGCAACAGCAGGAUCCAGGUUUUUGACGGGAGCGGGUCGUUUCUGUCCUACAUCAACACGUCGGCUGACCCCCUCUACGGCCCCCAAGGCCUGGCCCUGACGUCAGACGGCCACGUCGUGGUUGCAGACUCUGGGAACCACUGUUUUAAAGUCUAUCGGUACUUACAGUGACAGCGGACAGCCCUGCGCUGAGGUCUCGCUCUAGAAACCGGAACGGAGUUUUCCAUGUGGGACCAGAUCACCAUGGGACUUUUCACACUAGGGAGAACCUUCGGUAAACUUUCCAAGGUUAUUUCUGAAUGUAACAAUUUCCUUAAGAACUGCUUAUCCAAUUUCCGUAAUUCACUUUUAGCAUUUAAAAAAAAAAAAAAAAGAAUCUCUUCUAUUGAAUCUACACAAACUGCGAAGUUUUACACCUGGGAACUAUGGCUCAUAGGACAGGGAUUUAUGUAGUUAAACUAAUUUUGCAAAUCAGACAUUAAAAAGAAUUAGCGUAUCUUUUGCCCGGUGAAUGAAUGGUAGCCUUUGCAUCGAGCUUCCAAGAACAAAACUUGUAGUUACCUGUUUUAUUUAAAUUCGGUCAUGAGACCAAGGGACCUUCUAACCUCACUUUUACAGUAGAUGUUAUUACUCUGGUGACAUUUUUGUUCUUUUUCGAUUGUCAACAACCACAUAUAAUUACUUUAGAAAAAUCUAAGGCUGUCUUGCAAGAUCUUCCGAGCUCUGACUCAGGGUCCUCUUGAGUUGAGCCCAUCAGAAUCAAUGCAAAUUUCCCAACCUUUCGGGGUUCGAUCAAAGAUCUUUUCCAUGUGUUCUCCUGACCUUCUCUUUCUACUCACCUUGCAUCAGAAAAUGAAAUUUGUUUUCAGGAAAACCUGGAAUUCCCGAUGCUUUGGAAGGCAUAUGGCAAAAGCAUGGGGGACCCUUUGGUUGUUAGCUUCAGAUCAACACCCUGGAAAGAAGUCAGGAGAACUCACGUUCAUGUGUUCAUGUCUUUCCUCUUCCACAUCAUGGAAGCGAAAGCUUUACCUCCUGCAAAAUGUCAGCACAUGCAGUCAGACACCGGUGUCCUAGGACAGAGAGGCAUAAGCAGCCCUUUGGAGGACAGAUGGUGUCAACCAAAGGCAUGUGGUUGAUUCACGAUCUCCCCUUAGAGAGCAAGUGUUACCAAAGUUGUGUUGAGCACUACAGGUAUGGGCAUGUAUGGUUAUUUAUCAUUGUCUAAUGAACAGUAGAGGUGUUAAGGGACAAGUAUACAUGGUUAGGGUAAGAUAGAGUGUAUUAUAAAUAUUAUAUAUAUAAAUACAUACAUAUAGCCGAAUCCUUGCUGUGUGGAAAUAGGCAGCACUCCGAAAGACAGAAGCACCGCCCAGCCAUCCUUCAGCUCAUUCCCCGGCGGCUGCAGUCUGAAGACACCUCCUGGAGGGGGCGCUCCAGCAGGUUUGCGUGUUGCCGGUUUCCGGCACGACGCGGAUGCCUGACUUCCAGGCAGCUUUCUGUUUUCAAGACAAAGAGGAAGAAAAAAGAAAAAGGCAUCUUUAAACGAUGGGUUUGAGUUUCCUUUCACCUACGUACAAAUGCAUUCUGAGGAACAUUACCUGCUGCGGAUACUGUGAAAUAAGACGAGGUGUGUUUCCACUGUUGUUUGAUUCUCUACUCAGUUCUGCCAAAUAGGUAAACCGUGUCUGACGCGUUUGAUGACGACUUUGGGAUUUCUCUUGCUGAAAGCACCUCAGAUACACACUUUGAGGAAGCACUUCCCUUACAAGCAUAUGCUGAUAUUGAUGGCUUAUUAUCUUAAAGUCCUAACGGUCUCCAUACAGGAGCAUUCAAAAAUUUGGAAGGGAAAUCUGGCUAGGUCCAAUGGUUUGUUUGAUUUAUUAUGCCCAAAUCAACAUCUGGGGGAAAACACUUCAUUUUCGGGAGAUUUACAUUGGGUGUAGCUUAUUAUUAUUUCAGUUCUGUGGGGUUUUAAAAUAGCCAAGCAAGCCUGUCUUUUUUUUUUUUUUUUUUUUUUUUUUUUUUU